AACGAGUUUAUGAAAUGAUCUCAGAAUUUGAGUAUGAAUCUCGCGUCGCAGCAUAAAAUAAAAUUACAAAUCCAAGCCACACUAAUAAGUACAGCAUGGCAUGGGGUUUGUUUACCAAAAAUCAGCUGAUUGUUUACAUCCCUUUUUUCAACGGCUCAUUAUAGCCGCGUACUAUUGACAUAAUGAGCGAAAAAUCGGAAGUUUUAAUAGCUUCUUUAAAGUGCAAAAUUAGUGAUUCUAUUAAAGUGAUUGAUGAAUACCACCGGCUGAUUGAUUCCUACGUUUUGGACUUCUAUGUCGACGACCACUGGGAUCUGCUUCCACCUAGUUGGCAAUCUUGCUUGGAAAACUUGGACGUUAGGAGGCUGAAAGAUCUGCUAAGCGAUGAUCCGGACAGUAGGUGUGAAACCCUGUGGCCCCUGUCUAUGUUGGCCGUACGGGUACUUUUUCAAAAGCUAUGCCUUUCGAGGAAACUUGCUGCUCCAAACGUAGCCGAAGAUUCGGAGGACAAUUUGAAAUUGACCAAUUUUAGAGUCAAUCGAAACCUUUUCAAUAAAUCGGUUAAACUGAAGAAGCGUCACGAAAUCGAACAGUUCAGUGAGCAAUGUUGGAAAACAGGAACCAGCACUGAGGUGCGUUAUCUUGUCGAUAUCGGAUCCGGUCAAGGGAACCUGGCACGUGCUUUGGCUUAUGGAUUUGAUUUCGAGGUGUGCUGUAUUGAGCAGGACGAGAAGCUUGUUGAAACUGCGCGACAAAAAGACGAAGAGCUAGCUUCGAAAAUGAAAAAACAAUUCAAGGUAGAACCAUCACAUCACCCAAUUCACCUUACCAGGAAAGUAAACCUUGAAGAUAUUGAUCCUGGCCAAUUCGUCGCCAUGAUUAAGGAUAGUUUCAACGUGGAGAAAGAUGCUCAGUUUAGUUUCGGUCUGAUUGGGUUACACCCUUGCGGAGACCUUGCCGUUUCAUUGACCAAAUUGUUUUUGUCCUGCCCGGAAGCUAAAUUUAUAAAACUAGUUUGCUGCUGUUACAUGAAACUGACCACAGAAAAAGACAAACGGCAGAACUACGGUUUUCCGUUGAGUUCCUUUAGCAGACAAUCGAAUCUGCAUCUGAGUUAUGAGGCCAGAGAAAUCGCUUGUCAUGCAAUCGAACAGUAUCGAAGUAAAUUGGACGCCGAUGACUUCCAAGAACUGAAAGUUCACGCCUUUCGGGCGGCCACCGAGCGAGUCAUCGUUAAACUUUACCCUCAUUUGAAACAUUCCGGCCUUAGGAGCACCAAAGUUACCAAUUUGAGCUUCCAGCAAUAUUGUGAUCGAGCAACCAGUGGUCUUGGGUUUGAGCUACCCGUCGAGGAGUUGAAUUCGCAGGUGGUUCUGAGCGAUCUACGUCACUGGGAACGGGUGGUGAAAUUCUACACCCUUCGCUUGAUGUUUGCCCCACUGAUCGAAUCGGUGAUACUGUACGAUCGAUGGCUGUAUCUACUCGAGCAAGGAAUUCACGCGGAUAUUAAAGUGGUUUUUGAUCCCGUUUUUUCACCGCGGAAUCAUGCCGUGACGGGUUGUAAAUAAGCUUUAUACUAUCGAAUAUAUUGUA